UUGGGUUCAUCUCUGCUCUGUUAUUCUUAGUGCUUACAUUAGCAUAGUCUCCGGGAGCCCUGGCCAUGGUUCAGCAGGGCACUACUCAAAUGCAGAAUAUAAAUGUUCAUGUUCCCAAGCUCAGCUAUUCAGAAGGAAGAAAAGAGCAGAGACAGACUGAGGAGUGUCAUGGGCUACUCAUUGUGAUGAGCAGGAAGGAGUCUCAGGGCAGCAGCAGCACUGCAGCUGGAGAGCUGCUUGAAUUGGGCCCAGGAAGCAGAGUUUAGAGGAAUAGGAAUUACUUAGGAUGUCUAACUAUUGGAUAAUUAUCGCAGUCCCAAUAAUAAUGCUGUUUCUUUGGACUCCUCCACCUUUGGUUUUUUGCCCAGGCAAAAGAAGAAACUGCAUAGUGACAUAGUUGUACUGGAGGCUUCAGUAACUUUUCUCUUUCUUUCUGUGAAUGGGACUGUUCUUUUAUGGCAAGAAUCCUGGGGGAUAAAAUCUCCAGGCAUGUAUGUCAUGCAAAUAUGCAUAACAACAUUGCUAAAGAGGCUGACUUGUCCCUGCAGUCCAGACUGCACCAACUGAGCGACUUCAAUUAAACAGUUUCUCACAUUUUGUGUUGAGAACUGAGCUGCUGCUCUCCCAGGCAGGAUGAAAUGGCAGGAUUCAGCCCCUUUUCCAGGUCAUUACACCAGCAGCUCCUGGGAAGCUGGUUCAUUACAGGGAACAGUACAGUGCUCCUGGCAUUUCACACAGUGAGAUCUGAGGCAAAUGGAAUACCCAGCAGUCCUGUUUUUAAAGAUAUCUACUUCACAGGAAAAGUUUAGCUGCAGUUUAUGAGCUCUGGAUGUUGUUGCAGCAUCAGCAGGGCCCUGCUUUGAUCCUUGGGCCGUUCCGAGGCUCCUCGUCCCCGCCGGAAUGGAGGCAUCGUAAGCAGGGGAAGAAGAGACCUUUGUGCCACAAUAUCACAGCUGAGGGUUUCUUUUGAUUUGUAGGAUUCUCUGCUUAGCCACUUCAUUUAUAGUUAUUGAGCUGUGAAGUUAUAGGAACAUGAUUAAAGAUAACAACGAAGUUGUUCCACUAAUGGGCAAGAAAACAAAUCCGUCUGGAACUCCCCCUUCAAACCAGCAAGAGAAAAAAGUGACUGAAAGCACCCCCACGAAGAAAAGUUCCCACUUUUUCCUGGAGAUUGAUGGUUUUGAAAGCAAUGCCACUCCAAAUAACACAUCUCCCCCUGUGUUUUCAAAACCAAUGGAUUCAAAUAUUCGUCCCUGUGCUUCUGGAAAUGGGGAAGACAUGGAUUCCCCACAGUCUCUUCAGGAUGAUGCCACUGAGUACAGUCCUAAUGUGGACAGUUGCUGUGCUAACAUGUCCCAAGGACCUGAGCAGACCAGUGCCAGGAAGAAGCUGAAGCGAUUCCUAUUCCGGGCAGUGUCGGAGGGGAAUGUGGAGGAGCUGCAGUGUCUGCUGGGGGAGCUGAAGGAGCGAUCCAGUGCCUGCACAAACAUGACUGUGCCAGAUUAUCUGAUGAAAAAAUUCACAGCUUCAGAUACUGGCAAAACUUGUCUGAUGAAAGCUCUGCUGAACAUCAAUGAGAACACAAAUGAGAUUGUGAAUAUGCUCCUGUCCUUUGCAGAAGAAAAUGGUAUUCUGGAGAGAUUUAUCAAUGCAGCUUACACAGAAGAGGCAUAUAAAGGCCAGACAGCUCUAAACAUUGCCAUUGAGAGGAGACAGUAUGAAAUAACCCAGAGCCUCAUAGAAAAAGGAGCUGAUGUCAAUGCUCAUGCCCAGGGUAUUUUCUUUAAUCCCAAACAUAAGCAUGAAGGCUUUUAUUUUGGUGAAACUGCGCUGGCAUUAGCUGCCUGUACCAACCAACCAGACAUAAUUCAGCUGUUAAUGGACAAUGCCAGGACUAAUAUUUCUUCUCAGGAUUCCAGAGGAAACAAUAUCCUCCAUGCAUUAGUUACUGUGGCAGAGGACUCCAAAACUCAGAAUGACUUUGUAAUCAGGAUGUAUGAUAUGAUAUUGUUGAAAAGUAAAGACAAAAAUUUGGAAACAACAAAGAAUAAGGAGGGUUUGACACCACUACAGUUGGCUGCAAAAACUGGGAAAUUAGAGAUUCUGAAAUACAUCCUGAGCAGAGAGAUCAGAGAGAAGCCAAACAGGAGCCUGUCAAGAAAAUUCACAGACUGGGCUUAUGGUCCUGUUCAGUCUUCUCUGUACGACCUGACAGAACUGGACACCACUGCAGACAACUCAGUGCUGGAAAUCAUUGUCUAUAACACAAAUAUUGGUAACCGUCAUGAAAUGCUGACUUUGGAGCCUCUGAAUUCCCUCCUGCGAAUGAAAUGGAAGAAGUUUGCACGACACAUGUUUUUUAUGUCGUGCUGUUUUUAUUUCCUGUACAAUGUAACUUUAACAUUAGUUUCCUACCACAGGCCUAAUGAAAAUAAAGCUCCACCUUAUCCACUUGCUCUGACACGUGGAGUGGGAUGGCUGCAGCUGUCAGGACAGGUGAUGGUUAUGUUAGGAGCAAUAUUUUUAGCCAUUAAAGAGAGUGUAGCCAUCUUUCUGCUCAGGCCCUCAGACCUGCAGUCAAUUCUCUCUGAUGCCUGGUUCCACUUUGCAUUUUUUAUACAAGCUUUGCUUGUGAUCUUCUCUGUCUUUUUGUACUUGUUUUCCUACAAAGAACACCUGGUGUGUCUUGUUUUGGCAAUGGCCCUUGGAUGGGCCAAUAUGCUCUAUUUCACCAGAGGUUUCCAGUCCAUGGGCAUUUACAGUGUGAUGAUUCAAAAGGUCAUCCUGCAAGAUGUGAUAAAAUUCUUAGUUGUCUAUAUCGUGUUUUUGCUGGGAUUUGGCGUAGCUCUUGCUGCCUUGAUCGAGACCUGCCACGAGGGUGGCGAAUGCCAUUCCAACAGCAGCCUGGGGCCUGUGCUGAUGGAUCUCUUCAAGCUCACCCUGGGACUGGGAGAUCUGGAGAUCCAGCAAAACUCCAAGUAUCCUGUCCUGUUUCUUCUACUCCUCAUAACUUUUGUUGUGUUGACUUUUGUUCUCCUCUUGAACAUGCUGAUUGCGCUGAUGGGAGAAACAGUGGAGGAUAUUUCUAAAGAGAGCGAGCACAUCUGGAAACUCCAGAGAGCCAGAACUAUUUUGGAAUUUGAAAAAUUCUUGCCAAAAUGUUUGAGGAAAAAAUUCCAACUGGGGGAGCGGUGUAAAGUGGCUGAAAACGACACCAGGGUGUGUUUAAGGAUUAAUGAAGUGAAAUGGACCGAGUGGAAAACACAUGUUUCAUUUAUUAAUGAAGAUCCAGGGCCAACAGAUCCAAGCAAAAUUCAAGAUAAUUCAAGAACUAAUAGCAAAAACACCUUGAAUACGUUUGAAGAAAUGGAUGAUUUGCCUGAAACUUCCGUUUAGCUUGUGCUGUAUUUGAUAUGUGGCUGUUCUGAAGGUUAAAAAGCAUCAGCAGUGGAUGCUGAAAGCUUUGUGGAUGUUUUGGACAGCUGUAACCAGCUGAAACACGAACUUUCAGUGACACAGUCUGAUGGCUUGAACCCAUUUAAUCAGGGCAGCUGAACUGAAAUAAAAUGGACUAUUCACUGGUUCAGUUUUGAGCCUCUCAAACUGUUGCUGUCCAAGUUUGUGUGACGCUACUCAAACUUGGCUCUAGAGGUUUAAGUGGAUAAAAAAGGUCAAAUGUGAGAUAUUUCUUCCUUUUGUGGAAAAUUAAGGUCAUCGCGAUCCCAAUCUGCUGGUUUUUGGAAUCUGUUAACUCAUGAGAAACUCAUUUUGUACUCUGAACAAAGUUAAGUUCUUGCAAUGGAGCAAAGAAAAGCAUUUCAGUUCUGAAGACGACUAAAUGAAGUAUGUUAUUUUGAAAUAACCAAGUGCUGGAUGCAUUUGCAGCUUUUGCAUUGACUGUCAGUGUUAUUGGAGGCUCGGUCCCACAAGUUGGAGAAGCCUCUUCAGGUCCCAGUAGCUUUGCCUGAUCUGUUUUCCUCUGUGCAGUCCCCAGGGUAUAAUAUGGUGUUUACUGCUCUUUAUUUAUUACUAAGAGUUUGUGUCUCCCCAUAAAAUAAUAGGGCAGAAAUAUCACUCAUGAUGGAGGAUCUUUCUGACUUUGUCCCGUUCACGAUGUCUUUACUUUUCCUCCUUGGUUUUUCCGUGCUGUUGCAUCUUGCUACAUAAAAUAAGUUAUUGCCUUGGAGGUUCUUCUGAAUUCAUUUCUGCAUUCAACCACUUCAGGAAAAUAAGUCAGUAUUUCUUCCCAAAAUGAACAGAAUAAGUUCAGUGCAAUGCAAUUGCAGACUUGUUUUUAUUCAGAGAACUAUGUAAUGCAUUUCUGUGGCACUUUUUAUUUCACUACCUGUGAUGACCUAGUACUAUGAAUUAUAUUUUUAGUUUUCUAUUUCAUGUGUAAACAUAAAAAGAAAUAUUUGUUCUAUGUACUUUUAAAUUUCAAUUAAUACAUGAUGUGUAUUCAGUGUCAUGGCUUUUCAUCAGAUCUGUUCACGUGGUGCCUAUUUUAAAGGUGCUGUUUUAGGCAAGGCUCGGGGGAGCUCAGUUCUGUGUUUGAAUGAUAAUGAGAAUUGCAUUGGAUUUUACAGCCAAGCCUGCUGUGGGCAAAAUGAUCCCAAGGACUUUCUUACCCCAGAAGAGAGCGUGAGGGAAGGACAGCACAGAGCUGUUUGCAGGGAUUGGGAACAUGGCUCUCACUGCCCAACCAGCCUCCUACAGAUGCUGAAUCCUGUGUUUCCUACCACGGAUGGAUGGGAUCCAGUGGAAACCUUCAGUUAUGUUUGUACAGGGCAGAGGAAUUUGAGGGGAAGGACCUUCACAGACCAUAGAAUACCUGAGCAUUGUUUGCCUUUCUUAGUAGGAAAUGGGAGUAUGAGAAGAAAAAUUCCUGUGGUCUUGGAAUCUUUCAUCUUUGCUGGUUAAUUUUGCAUUGAAACUGCCAACAAAGGAUUUUGCCUUAGGACUCCACAGUUCUGUUUGGAUCCUUUUCAGUGCCAGUUCUUGUACAAAGG